AUGUCACAUGACACAAACACUUGCAUUCUUCAAGAGGUAAAGAAAGCGAGAGACCAUGUUGGUGCUCCCCCUUUGAGGCUCCUCCAAACUGACAAUCCUGAAGGGGAACAAGCUCCUUACUACACCAUAUUUCCAGAACUGAAAGAGGGUAUAGUGGCUAGGUCCUUGUUGCCUUCCAUUGAGAUACCACAAACUGACAUUGCAGUUCUUGAUGAUGCCACUGCCAUCAACCAUUACAUUUUGACAUUUGCUGAAUCAUUUCCCGGUGAUACUGAUAUUUAUUACGGGCUAGAUACAGAGUUUGAGAGAGACGGCCAGAAGCUCACAGUUUUAUCAUUGGCUUUCCCUCAAUCAAUCAUUGGUGUACCAGUGACCAUUGUUAUUCACCUACACAAGAUUGCAAAAAGAGACUUUCCAAAUUCUCUGAAGAGGCUGCUGGAGCAGCACAAUAUGAUCCCCACUGGACGUCUGAUUGGCGGUGAUUGCAAGAAGCUGGAGGACCAAUUUGGAGUUCUGAUCCAGAGAAGGAUGGAGCUGUACAACUUGUGUAGAUCUGAUAGGGACAUUGAACGAUAUGGACUGAAAGACUUGAUGGAAGAGUAUCUUCUAUGCACAUAUCCAAUGAACAAGUCUGAUGCGCAGUUGUCGAGCUAUGCAAAGGCUAAACUAUCACCUACAGAUGUGCAAUACUGUGCUCUGGAUGCAGUUGUCUCAUUAUGGGUUUGUCACAGGGCAUUGGCAUUGUUAGCACAAGGAGGCCAACUUGUUGAUCCACAUCCAACUUUGCAAGUAGGGAAACACUGCAUCGUUACACACAACACAAAGGACAUUGCUGCCGGUACUCUUUGGCAUUUAUCCUGGCCACAAAAGACACUAGGAGAGCUGAAGAGAAGUCUUCAUACUUUUGAACUGGCAGUGAAAGUCAAUCAAAUCAAGAUCCUUUUGGAUGACCAUCAACCAUCUUGCACGCCAGCCAUGGUAGGCAAUGCGACUGUCCAACCUUUCCAAGUCGACAAGAGCUAUCUUGAUGGGCUAUUACAGGAACACCAGGCCAGCAACAACAGUACACCAAUGAUGCCAAUGCAGGAAAUGGACAGUGUUGAUAUCAUUGUCCAGGAGGAUGACACUGAGGACAGGGCUGCUGCUGGCCUUGAAGCAGAGAUGCACAAGGAUAGUGAGACUGGUUUGCUUUUGACAAAGUCAGUGAGGGAUCUUUUUCACCAAUUUCACAACAUACCACUGUCAAAGAAAGCCGAUGAAGCUGCACAUGUCUGCCAGUUCCUCCUUGCUGCAACUUGGAUCAACGAUGAGGACGAUUAUGCAAAUGUUGCCGAGGUGGUCCUUAGCAAAGGUGAAACGGAUCUUGCUUUCCACGAGUUCUUCCAAAGGGAGUAUUGGCGAAAACGAGUCAGACGAAACACACCACUCCCAAAGGAUCAUGCUAAUAACAUUUGA